AUGGACGAGAAUGAAAAGGAAAGAGAAAAAGAGAUAGACGAUGCUUUGGUCCUCGACAUUGUAGCAGAGCCAGCGAAAAUUGAGGCCACUUUCACAGACCUGUUGAAACACUACCGGCUUCGCCAGCUGAUCGAUCCAUUCUUUAUCAAGCCCGAUCCACCUGAGAGGGUCGUUCCCCCCCCAAACCUAGAGGAGAUCUAUGCUCGUAUUGAGCAAAUAACUUCUUUUGAUGGCCCCCCCGAAGGUGAAGAGUGGGAGAACGCCUCGAAGACGUUCCCAUUUCUUCCUCCCCUUCCACUGGUGCUGUACGGCGACGUGGGAAACUACUGCCCGGUGGCACUGCGCGACGAGAAGUGGCUGCUGCCGGGGAAACCCCGCUUGAGUCUGCAGGUGCGGCAGCGGGUAUACAUGGUUUUUGACGAGGAAAAAAAAUACAAGUUCACUGCUGAUACUCGACGCUACCUGCCAUCUCUAGACAAGUGUAACGACGCCAAUGAGACAAGCACGCUCAAGGUACCGCCCCCCCGCAUAGCAUUUUUGGGUUCGCUGGGCUCGGAGGUAGAAAAGAGAAUAAGUCAGCUUAGCGACGAGUACGGGCUGCCUUUCCUAGAUCUGCGUUCUGAAUUUUCUUUGGCGUUGAAGCAGCAGCUGCUGAGGAUGGCUGACGAGCCCGACGGCACACCAGACGAGGCCGAUAGCUCCCUGUGGCAGCUGUUGUCUAUGAACAGCAACAACUUGCCUGAGGCUCAGACAGAUAUGUUGAAGCAGAUGUGGCCCGGGCUGCAGGAGGAAACACAGCAAAAGCUAUGCCAAGAAGCCCUCAGGAGUGUUCUGCAUCCUGAGAUGGGCCCUGCGUUGAUUCAGGCUGGCGUCUUCACAAACCCUCUCGCUGAUGCAGCAACGACAACAGAAGAAGAAGGAGAGGAGAACGGGGGAUUCAACAUUGGUAGCCUGAUGGACAAGGCUGGGCGCUUGCCUGACUGCGUGGUUAUAUUCUUAUGCACGGAUGAGGUCGGAGUGUCGCGGUGUCUAGACUUGGAAAAGAUAGAUAGAGAAGCAGAAGAAAAGAAAAGGCGAGAAGCAAUGGAGAGAAAGCAGAAACGGAAGAGCCGGCGUAAACCCCCCUCAGAUUCAUCGGCUGAUGGGGACAGCGAGUCUGGGGCUGGGGUUGAGGAUGAAGGAGCAGGAGCAGGAGAGGGUGAGGAUGAGUUGCCAGCGUCUGAGAGAGCGAGACAAGAAUUUCUUAGGGGAAAGGCUGCUCGCGAUGCAGCUCUGCUGGAGUGCGCCAAAAGCUUCGCCAUGGCGGGGGUACCCGUGCUUACUUCCUUCUGCCAACGCCUCCUUCGCUGUCGAGCUGUGAGGCUCUCUAAGUAUCUUCUCUCCACGCCCAUGGAUGUAGACGCCAUGCGGCUCAAAGACUUCUCCGAAUACCCCGUACUCUUCAGGGAUCGUGUAUACUUUCCUGCUGAGACAGAAGAGGAACGCAGGAUAUUUUGCCAGACCCCAUCAAAGUUUCUUACGGGGACAAAUCCACCACCAAAGAGACAUCUCCCUGCAUGCGUUUUCUUGGGCCCACUAAACAGCAACCGCACGCUGAUAGCCAAGCAGAUAGCUGAGUGGUGCGGCGCGGUCUAUGUCAGCCCGCUGCAGCUGCUGCAGGAGGUGACAGCAGCACCUGCUCCUACCUCGGCCCUCAACAAGUGUAUUGUUGGGGACUUGCACCAGGGUAAGGCUGCAGCUCCGUGCUGCACCUGCCGGCUGAUUGCUGCUCGUCUGCGGUCACAAGAGGCCAGACAGCGAGGGUUUCUGCUGGAUGGAUGCGGCUUGGAGGGGGUGGGUGUAGAGCUGCUGAUGGAGUUGUUGCAUGCAAGCCCCCACGAAGUAACAAGUCUCUCGCGCAAGCACCGCCUCGAGCACAACAGCCCCAGGAGCUCGACCUCGACGGAGGUUCCCACCUCCCCCGUGGGGGCUGAGUGGCCGGGGCCGCCAGCUGAGUACCCGCAGGCCGAGGCUACACCGCGGCCAGUGUAUUCACCAAACCAAGAGAAACUACCAGAGCAAGAAAACGAGGGGUUUGUCUCUGCUGCUGGCGACCCUGCUGGGGAGCAGCAGCAGCCGUCGGCUGCACCGCCGCCAGACCCCCCAGCAGCAGAGGAACCUGAGAGUGCCGAGGCUACACCGCGGCCAGUGUAUUCACCAAACCCAGAGAAACUACCAGAGCAAGAAAACGAGGGGUUUGUCUCUGCUGCUGGUGACCCCGCUGGGGAGCAGCAGCAGCCGUCGGCUGCACCGCCGCCAGACCCAGCAGCAGCAGAGGAGCCUGAGAGUGUACAGGGGGCAGUGGGGGGGGGAGAAGGCCGCCACCACGGCCCCGCUGAGGUCGUAGCCAGCAUUCCCCCGUUGCAGCUCGACGACCUGCGGCCUGCUUCUGCGGAUGUACGGGGGCAGUAUCCUCUGCCGCUUGACUCAGGCAGCGAGACGCCGUCUGGUGGUGUGUUGUCUACACCAGCUGCUGCAUCAGGGGGGACCUCAGCACCUUCUCACCGCCAAGAUAUGCAUGCAUGCGGCAGAGAAGAAGAGGGAGAGGAAGAAACUGAAACCCCCAUGCCCCCUCUACCCUUUCCCCUCGUUGAUAUCGUGUUUGUCUUCGACUCUGAGCACGAGGACUUGUGGACAGAGGACGAGCGCCUGCUGCAGGAAGAGGAACCCAAAACCCCAAAACAACAAAAACAAAAACCCAGUGAGCCCCAUAUAUAA